GAGCAUUGACUUGGGGUAUCAGCCACAUCUAAGGCGGCUGAAAUUGCAGCGUGAUGGCGUUCAGAGCGCUGCUGAACCGCAGUUUGACGGGCAACAGGGGAGGAUCGCUUCUUAGGUUGGGUUCUCAGACCUUGCAACGAAGCAGAGGUUUCGCCAGUGGAGAGCAGAAGGACCUUGUCAUCAUCGGCGGUGGUCCUGGAGGUUAUGUUGCAGCCAUCAAAGCAGGCCAGAUGGGCUUCAAGGUGGCUUGUGUGGAGGGCCGUGGCAGACUAGGAGGCACCUGCCUCAACGUCGGCUGCAUCCCUUCAAAGGCGCUGUUGGCAUCGAGCCACCUGAUGCACGAGAUCCAGAAGAAUGCCGAGCACCAUGGCAUCAUUGUGGACGGCGCUCGCCUCGACAUCGACAAGAUGAUGGCCCAGAAGGACAACGCCGUGUCCGGCCUCACAAAGGGGAUUGAGGGCCUCUUCAAGAAGUACAAGGUGGAGUAUGUGAAGGGGUGGGGCAAGCUGGCGGGCAAGGGACAGGUGGAGGUGGCCCUGCUGGACGGGAGCAGCGCCACGCUAGACACCAAGGACAUCAUCCUCGCCACCGGCUCAGAAGUAUCCCCGCUGCCGGGCCUCACCAUCGACGAGGACAGGAUUGUGUCGAGCACGGGCGCUCUGUCGCUCAAGGAGGUGCCCAAGCGGCUGGUGGUCAUCGGCGGCGGCUACAUCGGCCUCGAAAUGGGCUCAGUCUGGGAGCGCCUCGGCUCAGAAGUUACAGUGGUUGAAUUCGGGCCUGCCAUCGUCCCCACCAUGGACGGGGAGAUUCGGAAGGCGUUUGAGCGCAGCUUGAAGAAGCAGGGCUUCAAGUUCAAGCUCAACACAAAGGUGACAGGGGCGACUGUGGAGGGUGAGACAGUGAAGCUGACGGUGGAGCCGGCCAAGGGCGGCGAGACAGAGACCAUAGAGGCGGACGUCGUCCUCGUGUCUGCAGGACGGCGGCCGUACUAUGAGGGCCUGGGCCUGGAGAGCGUGGGAGUGGAGCUGGACAGCCGGGGCCGCAUCCAGGUGGACAAUCGCUUCAAGACGACUGCCGACAACGUCUAUGCCAUCGGCGACGUCAUCGACGGACCCAUGCUCGCCCACAAGGCUGAGGAGGAUGGUGUGGCGUGCGUGGAGAACCUGGCGGGCAAGGCGGGGCACGUGAACUACAACACGGUGCCUUCCAUCGUGUACACGCACCCCGAGGUGGCCUCCGUGGGCAAGACCGAGGAGCAGGUCAAGGCCGAGGGCCAGGAGUACAAGGUGGGCAAGUUUGCAUUUGCGGCCAACAGCCGGGCGCGUUCGGUGGAUGACACGGAGGGCAUGGUCAAGUUCAUCGCCGACAAGAAGACCGACAAAAUCCUCGGCGCCCACAUCAUGGGGCCCAACGCAGGCGAGCUGAUCCACGAGUGUGUGGUGGCAAUGGAGUAUGGCGCAUCGACGGAGGACAUCGCGCGGUCGUGCCACGGGCACCCGACACUUUCGGAAGCCGUCAAGGAGGCCGCCAUGGCCUGCUACGACAAACCCAUCCACAGCUGAUGCAGCAAUAUACACCCAAUCCACACGCCCGUCGGUUCAAUAUGGUAUCGAUAGCAAUCGCGGUCUUGCCGGUUUUGCGGUCACCAGUGAUCAAUUCCUGUUGCCCACGGCCGAUCGGCACAAGAAUCUGCACCUGCUUGCGAUCGUUUGACACACCCCAAGGCCACACAGGGUUCGGCGUCCCGCGGCCGCUGAAGGGCUCAAGGUUCCCUCUCUGCUGUGUUCCAUCCAGGAGCCGCAAAAUCUAAUAGUUCGAGGUCUGUGAGUUGGAAUGUAGUAUUGCUGCAAGGCCUCCUAAGGCAGGCAUGUGAAGCAGAAUCGAGAGAAGACAACCUAGAAUUGCUGCUUGAUCGCCUAGGAUUCUGGGUUCUGUGUUGCAGCAAGGCCUCCUCGUUUCAGAGGCAGGUGUUACUGGGAGGGAAUCUGUCAGUCUGGUGGUUCAUGAGCACAGAUUGUAUGUCAGUUGCCAGAGCAUGCAGUGGCCCUGUGGGCUCAUCACAGGAUUUCUAGAAUUCCAGAUGCUUUGUAACAUGACAAGG